AUAAUAUCACUCGACAUUCAUACCACAUUAAAUAAUUUUCCCUUUUCUGGUGAAAAAAUAAAUUACUUUUGAUACAAUCAUUAAGAAAUUGCUUUUCAUGUAAUCAUCUUCAUUCUAAGAACGAAGAAACAAAUAAAAAUUUUUAUCAUCCUGCCUUAAAUCAGAUCUUCAUCAUUUUUUUGCACCCCUUUUGCGGUUUAAUACAUAGGAACUGCUGGAAAUUUAGAAAUAUAUCUGUGACACUUCUCUCCUAAUGCAGAGUUAAGAGUGUGAUGGGCCAUUUGGAUGGUCGUCAUGAAUUUCCUAGGUUUUGUAUUGGUGGGUUCCUUGACCAUCUUCAUCAUCUACUUUUUGACCGUGUUAGAAUCUUGAAUAGCUUUCUUCAUACAGUACUUCACCAUAAAAUUAACAAUUAUAUUCACUUUUGCGGGCAUUGGAAAUCCAGCUGGGACCAUGGAUAUGAAAGCAUGUCUUCUACAGAAGUUCAGUCCAGUAGAGCGAAAUCAGAUUGAUGCAGCAUUGGAACAGGGAGUUGAAGCCAUAUGCACGCUAGUUCUCAAUGGAUUCAAUCACAAUAUUAGUAGAUUUAAUUUGCUGCAGAAAUACAAGUAUCACAAAGUUUGAUCAUCCUGGACAAAGGAUACGGAAACAAGGUACAACUGGACUGACCAGUGUCAAUCAUGGCAUAUAACCAUACAUGUAGAGAAAUUUCCCGAGUGCAAAGAUGAAAUUCCCUGUUGCUUUCCUAACACCAACACCCAUUUUUUGUCCUCAAUGAACUUUUUACCUUUCAACCAUCUGGUUGUUUUUAUGUACAUUAGUUCCUCUGUAAUUUUCUGCAACAAUUGUAUCUAGCUUCUGUUCGUAGUCUUUUAUUUUAUAAUUUAGAUUGAAAAACAAGUAUCAUAGAAUGGGAGCAGUCAUAAAUAUCAGAAAAUUUA